UCCAACGAGAUUGUCGCCGUUCACUUCGAUACACAAAAUCGGAUGAUACAAACAAAAAUCUCCCCUCUCUUUUACUUUUCAUAGAAAUUAGGGCUUCACCCAAUCAAUCAUUUUUUGUUUCUUAGUUUCCUCUCAGGUUUGAGAGAGAGGGAGGGGGGAAAACCAAUCCAAUGGAAUUUUGAAACACUUGAGACUUUCUCUCUGAAUUUCGGAGCAAGUUCGAGAGAGAAAGUGGUUCACAUUGUUGUUGUUGUUGUUGUUUGUCUGGUUGGUUUAUUUGCAUAAAACAACAAAACAAAUCAACACGCUCCAUGAGAAAAGACGGAAAAAAAAAUCAAAAAUUUCAAGAUUAGAUAAACAAGAUAGCAGGAAAUAUGAAAAUGGUUGCAACUUGAAACGUGGACUUGCAAAGGAAAUUUCAGUGAAAAAUGGAUGACCAAAUUGGUGAACAAAUGGAGGAAUUCUUUUCCAUCGAAGAACCGAGUGAGGCGGAGGAAUUUUUUGAUAUCAAAUACGAGUUUGAUGCACCGCAAUGCUACGAUUUCAGUCGGCCAGAAAGAUAUUGGGAGGCUAAAGAAGCCGAGCUCUGGUUCGAAUCAGCUGGAAGCUAUCCGCCUUCGCCUUUUGUAAUAAAGUUGAAGUGGAGAUAUGAUGUUGAUGGGGAUGAAGAAUUUAGCAAUGGUUCAAUAGAUUAUGAUGAUAGAGAUACUCUGAGGGAUAAAACCGAGUCUGGGGUCAAGUCAUCCCUAUCUAGGAGUUCGACUUUGAUGAAACCGACAGCAAGUUACUUAGCCAAGCAAAACCAAGAUCGAGCGGUUCAUUUUAGCCAGCUUCAUAGAAGGUUUCGAAAGUUUUUAGACAGACUUGAUGAUAAGAGUACGAAGAGUUCUUCUGUGACUGAAGGCGAUGCUACCAAAAGACAAAAGCUGGAAGCUGGUUACCUAUGCAAGGUUGCUAACUUGUCGCAUCGAGCUCUUUUCGUGCACAAGAAACCUAAAACGGUCCGAUCCCUUGAUGGUAACUCAGUACAUGCUAAGCCUAAAGUUACAAUUCCUAAAGAACCAGAGUUACAAACAGCAAGAAGGGCUCAAAGACGUAGGUCUAGAGUAAAGGCAGAGUCAGAUGAAAAUGCAAAAUCACAUGCUCAUUUCUUUAAAGCACUCCCCUUAAACAGAAAAAUUCUCGAGGCUCCUUCAUUGCCCCUUGCCAAGAAAAGCCUACCUCAGCGACCAGAGUUUCAGUUAUUUCACCUGAGGACAUCAGAGAGAGCCAGGCAGCAUGCAUCUAACAAUGCAAUGAAACUCCCUAAUUAUGUUUCGACUUCAAGAAAUGAAAAAACUGGCCUCAGAAGCUUCAACUCUGUCAACGCAUUAGAGGAGAAAUUUGAAGCUGUUAAUAAAUUUAAAGCUUGCCCUCUUAAUAAGAAGAUAAUGUCAAGAAUAGGGCAAACUGGUGUCCUGCAGAAUAUGAAGAAGGAAACAUCAGCCCCAAUGGAAUUCAAGAUUUUAGCAGACAGGAGGCCUCCAGAUGAACCGCCAAUAGAAUUAUUGAAUAAGCUCUCCUUGUCAUCUGAAGUCCAUUCUGGCGAAAAAUCUCGAGCAAAAAUUGUUUUUUCAGAGGGAUUUAAAGAGAAUGAAACAGUUCCUUUCCUUCUGCAAUGUCAGAUUAUAAAUGCGGGCAAAGAAAAUUUACAAAGGAUUGGAGGGAUGGAGUAUCAAUGUAGGAAUGACAGGACUAUCGAAAUUGGGCGACAACUGAACGUUAACAGGAGCCUGAGAUUGGACAUAACCUGAAAGUCCUCAGUCAGUUUGGUGGUCACAUUUGUCCUUCUUGCCGCACAAAUGAUUGGGGUACGCCGCAGGCUCAUUUUUGGUGAGAAAGUAGAUUACUUCUUUUAAUAAUGGAGUGGUAUUUAUUCCCUUAAAAGAAAAUGAUUUUGAAGAAUGGCAAUAUUUUUUAAAAUUAGUUAACUUUUGUCAUGUUUUCCUGCAAAAUGUUGCUACGGCAUAGCAAAUGUAACUGUCAACCAUGAUGUAUGUAUACACUAUAAAGGCUGCAA